AUGUGUUCGUCACAGCAGAGGAUCACCCUCAUCUCAGGUUUACUCUUAAUUAAACUGUCCUGUAAAGAAGGCCACGGUGGUCCAACCCAUGAGUCCAUGCAGGCUGUGUUUGAUCUUAAGUCCUUCAGGCCGGCUGUGAACCUCAGUAAUCCCACCAUAGCCAACAUCUCCUUCACGCUGUAUGCUGUCCUGGGGGUGAAUGAGAAGACCCAGAUACUCACUACUUUCCUGUGGCUGAGACUGUACUGGAACCAUGAGUUCCUGGUUUGGGACCCUGAUGAGUGUGACGGCAUCACCAGGAUUUCUCUCCCUGUGAAGGAACUCUGGUCUCCAGACAUCAUCAUCUAUGAGUUUGUGGAUGAUGAUGUCUCCCAAGCAUGUCCUUUCGUCUACAUCAACCACACAGGUCACAUUCGUUGGGACAGGAUGCUCCGACUUGUUUCAGCCUGCAACCUGGAGAUCUUCAGUUUUCCUUUUGAUGUGCAGAAUUGCACAUUUACUUUUGGCUCCUACAUGCACACCAUAAGGGAUGUGAGGGUGAGCCCAGCCCUGACCUUUAAAGAGAUGUCUGGAAACUCAAAGCGUUACUUGGAGGCCAGUGGAGAGUGGGAACUUGUGGACAUACUGGGAGAAACCUCCAUCCUCCAGUUUGGGAUCGAUGAGUGGGACAUCAUCACUUUCUGGGUGGUCAUAAAGCGCCGUCCAGUGCUCUACGUGGUCAACCUGCUGAUCCCCAGCUCUUUCCUCAUGCUCAUCGACAUCCUGUCGUUCUACCUGCCCCCCCACAGUGUGGACCGCGCCUCCUUCAAAAUGACCCUCAUCCUGGGCUACACUGUCUUCCUGCUCAUCAUGAACGACCUGCUGCCCAGUACAGCAAAUGGCACGCCCAUCAUAGGUAUCUAUUUCUCCGUGUGUCUGGCCCUCAUGGUAAUCAGUCUACUGGAGACCGUCAUCAUUACUAAUGUUCUCCACCACAACUCCAUGAAAUUCCAAGAGGUUCCGCACUGGGUGAGGGUGGUUGUCCUCAAGCACAUAGCCAACCUCAUCUGUUACCGCUGGCAGGAGGACAUCCAGCCUCCUUCUAUACCUCAAAAGGAUAAACCUGAAAGCUUGAACGGUUCAGGCCUGUCCAUCCAACCAGUCAGCCAGACACCUGACCAGCAUCCAAACAGCAAUGCUGGUACAGCAACUCUGCCCGAACUGCAACAGAUCUGCCUGUACCUGAGCGAUCUUCGUGCCCAUCUCACCUCACUGCAGAAGGAGAGCGAGCUGCAGGACCAGUGGUGUCACGUUGGAUACGUCCUCGACUUCCUGCUCUUCCGCAUCUAUCUGCUGCUGAUCUCCUGCUACGCUCUGGUCAUCAUCUCCAUGUGGUGCAUCUGGAUCAGUCAGUCCUAACUGAAGAGGGGAACAAUAUGAACCAGGGCUGCAAUAAAUUCAGUGAAGGGUGCCUACAUUAAAUUUGUAUAAGUAGAAAGCAAAACAAGGCCUCUGCCAAUGGUUAUCAGUUAUCACUUCUGUAAUGUUUGUUUAAAGUUUGUUUUCUGGGUUUGAUUUUUCAGAAAAAAAUAACAUGUACAUACAGUACUACCCCUUUUGAAGUCAUGGAGGAUGGACCAAAAAGUAAAUGCAGUAUGGGGGUUUUGGAACAAUGACUGUAUAAUCAUUAUCAUCAUCAUCAUCAUCAUCAUCAUCAACAACAACAAGAAUAUUUACAGUUCCCAUACCUUAUUUGCUGCUUUUGAUGUGCCACCAAACACCCCAACUCACUUAACCCCUGACCCCCUCCUCCUGUCAGAAAUUAUGAUUUGUUUGUUUGUUUUUUCAGCAAAAAAACAAAAAAUAUUAGUCACCCUAAAUUUCUCUGUCACACAAUGGAACCAGAUCAUUGUCACCACCAACCAAAAAUAUUGGUUGCAAUGUCAACAUUCAGUGCUGUCAAUCUUUUUACACUCUGCCUACCAGCUUUUUAAAAAAUGUUUUCAGUUGCUUAGAAAUGUAUGUGCAGUUCAUCUGGCUUUUGACCACAUCAUACCACCUGAUAAGGUGUUAAAUGGCAUUUGUCUGAACACUGAUUCAGGUGAAACAUAGUUUCGGAUGCUGCU